UUAUGUUGAGAGCUCGCGAACAGAAUCGUCGGAAUAGAACGCGGUGCUGAGACCGAGAGUUGUUUGGCAAACAGGUGGAAAAAUUGGCGACGAGAACGGAGACAUUAAUCUCAAACCACACAGCACUUCUCCGUUUGGAAGAAGAGUGUAUUUUAAAACAUGGAACAGUGUCGUUAGCCGGUAGAUUGAGCCCUAGCACUUUCUUGUACCUAAAUCGCGAAGUUGAGUUCCUCGACCCAGCCCGUUAGCUGUUUGGCUAGCUAGCCAGUUAGCAUUGCAUUAUUAGCUAUGUAGCUCGCUAACUACCACAUUUUUGUCAGCCAAGGGGUUCGUUCGAAAGCAAAUAUAUUUCGUUGUUUGCAUAUGGAAACUGUCAUGGUAUAAACUAUUCAGUUAUUAGAUUAAACCCCUCGGGACAUGCAUGAUCUGGAGAAUAGCUAUUUAUUGAAGAUUUGCUGAAGGAGAGAGAAUUCCCCUCGUAGCAAGCCAUUGUGUGAUGAUGGAAAAUGCAAUGUAUGAGGACGAACCUUUGUAACUAACUUAGCUGGCUGACCAGGCAGUUGGCACCACAUAUCAAGGAUUCUGGAUGAUUAUUCGACUAGAGUCCAUUGGGGAUCAUUAUUAUCUUUUGGAGAGGUCCUGUAACUUAUCGCCGAGGCAGUCGCAUUGUCUGUCCGUCUGACAGUGGACACAAUGGGGGAGACCAGUCUCAACGACUCGAAUGUGAAGGUCGCAGUACGUGUUCGUCCUAUGAAUAGGAGAGAAAAGGACCUGAACACAAAAUGUAUUGUGGAUAUGGAAGGCAACCAGACCAUCCUGCAUCCAGGCGGAGGAAACCUGGGCAAAGGAGACUCCAGGAGUCAGACCAAGACCUUCGCCUAUGACUACUGUUUCUGGUCCAUGGACGAGUCAGAAAAGGACAAGUUUGCGGGUCAGGACGUGGUGUUCCAGUGCCUUGGGGAAAGUCUUUUACACAACGCCUUCCAGGGCUACAAUGCCUGCAUCUUCGCCUACGGACAGACAGGUUCGGGAAAGUCGUACACCAUGAUGGGUUCUGUGGACUCUCCAGGUCUGAUCCCGCGGCUCUGCAGCUCUCUGUUUGACCGGACCCUUCUGGAGCAGAGGGAGGGGGAAGGCUUCACCAUAGAGGUCUCCUACAUGGAGAUAUACAAUGAGAAGGUCCGCGACCUCCUCGACCCCAAAGGGAGCAGGCAGGCUCUUAGAGUGAGGGAGCACAAGGUGUUGGGGCCGUACGUGGACGGCUUGUCACGCCUGGCUGUGGCCAACUACAAGGACAUUGAGUCUCUGAUGUCGGAGGGUAAUAAGUCUCGUACGGUGGCUGCCACCAACAUGAACGAGGAGAGUAGCAGAUCUCACGCUGUCUUCAACAUCAUCCUCACACACACACUCAAAGACCUGCAGUCUGGGACGAGCGGUGAGAAGGUGAGUAAGCUGAGUCUGGUAGACCUGGCUGGCAGUGAGAGAGCAGCUAAGACUGGAGCUACUGGAGAGAGGAUGAAGGAGGGCAGCAACAUCAACAAGUCUCUGACUACUCUAGGCCUGGUCAUAUCUGCUCUGGCAGAACAGGGAUGUGGGAAAAACAAGACCAAAUUUGUCCCUUACAGAGACUCUGUGCUAACAUGGCUGCUAAAGGACAGCCUGGGUGGCAACAGCCGCACGGCCAUGGUGGCCACGGUGAGCCCGGCAGCAGACAACUACGACGAGACGCUGUCCACGCUGCGCUACGCCGACCGGGCCAAGAGCAUCGUCAACCACGCUGUCGUCAACGAGGACCCCAACGCACGUAUCAUCAGGGAGCUCCGAGAGGAGGUGGAGAAACUACGGGACCAGCUGACACAGGCAGAGUCUAUGAAGGCCCCAGAGCUGAAGGAGAGGCUGGAGGAGUCUGAAAAACUCAUCCAGGAGAUGACCGUCACCUGGGAGGAGAAACUACGCAAGACGGAAGAGAUCGCACAGGAGCGUCAGAAACAGUUGGAGUCCCUGGGCAUCUCUCUCCAGUCGUCUGGCAUCAGAGUGGGAGAAGACAAAUGUUUUCUAGUCAACCUCAACGCUGACCCCGCUCUCAACGAACUGCUAGUCUACUACCUGAAGGAGCACACUAAGGUUGGUUCAGCAGACUCCCAGGACAUUCAGCUGUGUGGGAUGGGUAUUCAGGCUGCACACUGCAUCAUAGACAUCACAGCUGACCAACGGGUGGUCCUCACUCCUCACAAAAACUCAAGAACGUGUGUGAAUGGCUCUCCUUGCACCAGCCCUCAGCAGCUCCACCAUGGAGACCGCAUCCUGUGGGGAAACAACCACUUCUUCAGGAUCAAUCUGCCUAAGUGGCGGUCGCGGGGUGGUGGUGAGGAAGAGGAGGGUGAGGGGGGCCUGAUGAAGAACAGUAGCAGUAGUGAACAGCUGGAGGGUGACGGAGACACCAACAGUGAGGUUUCCUCCGAGGUCUCUUUCUCCUACGAGUUCGCCCAGACAGAGGUCAUGAUGAAGGCCCUGGGCAACAACGACCCCAUGCAGGCAGUGCUCCAGUCCCUAGAGAGGCAGCACGAGGAGGAGAAGCGCUCGGCGCUGGAGAGACAAAGGCUGAUGUACGAACAGGAGCUACAACAGCUGAGACGACGGCUGCACCCGGACAGACCGUCUGUAGGACAGACAGGCAUGGCACCCAGCCAAUCACAGGGCCAGGCUGACAGGCCAGGACAGCCCCACUACCGCAGCUUGGAGAGACUCAGCAUGUCCAACUCACCCAGCGCACAGAGCAGGCUGAAGCAGUGGAGCGAGGAGAGAGAGGCAGUGUUGACCCGGAGCCUGCGUAAGCUGAGGGAGCAGAUAGUGAGAGCUAACCUGCUGGUGCAGGAAGCUGGCUUCAUAGCAGAGGAGCUGGACAAACGCACCGAGUACAGAGUCACCUUGCAGAUACCUGCUGCUAACCUCAAUGCCAACCGCAAGCGUGAUGCAGUGCUCAGUGAGCCUGCGGUGCAGGUGAGGCGUAAGGGGAAAGGGAAGCAGAUCUGGGCUCUGGAGAAGAUGGAGAACAGACUGGUGGACAUGAGAGAACUGUACCAGGAAUGGAAGGAGUACGACGAUGACAACCCAGUGAUGCGUUCCUACUUUAAGCGUGCCGACCCGUUCUUUGAUGAGCAGGAGAACCACAGCCUAAUCGGCGUAGCCAAUGUCUUCCUGUCCUGUCUGUUCUAUGACGUCAAGCUACAAUAUGCAGUACCCAUCAUCAACCAGAAGGGGGAGGUGGUUGGGAGGUUACACGUGGAGGUGGUGAGAGUGGCGGGGGGGUUUGAGGACAGCAUGGCUGGCGGAGAGGACAAUGAGACCAGCCCCGACGGAGAGGUGCAGGAGAGGAAACUGGUCUGCAUGAUCAAGAUUCUUCAGGCAACAGGUCUCCCCCAGUACCUUUCCAACUUUGUCUUCUGCCAAUACUCGUUCUGGGACCAGGCGGAGCCCGUAAUCGUGGCCCCAGAGGUGGACCCCUCUGCCUCGUCCCCAAGCAGCAAGGACCCUCACUGCAUGGUGGUCUUUGACAGCUGCAAGGAGAUGGGUGUGUCAGUAACAGAGGAGUUUAUAGAGUAUCUGACAGAGGGGGCAGUGGCCAUGGAGGUGUACGGACACAGACAGGCCGCCGCCGGACAGGCUGACUCCAGCAGGAACCCUGCCUUCUGGGACCUCAGCAUUAUACAAGCCAAGACACGCACACUACGGGACAGGUGGAGUGAGGUAACACGUCGUCUGGAGAUGUGGAUCCAGGUUUUGGAGAUCAACGAGAACGGAGACUUCAUGCCUGUGGAGGUCAUACCUGCCAAAGACGUACGCACAGGAGGUAUAUUCCAACUGCGACAGGGCCAGUCCAGACGUGUGCAGGUGGAGGUGAAGUCUGUGCAGGACAGUGGGACGAUGCCGCUGAUAGCGGAGGUGCUGCUGGCCGUGUCUGUGGGCUGUGUGGAGAUCAGACAGACACGGCAGGCCAAGGCCAACAACGAACCCGUACAGAUGGAGGGGGAUGAGAUGGACAGCUAUCAGGAGCGUGAUCUGGAGCGUCUGCGUCGUCAGUGGCUGACAGCUCUCACCAAGAGACAGGAGUACCUGGACCAACACCUUCAGACCCUGGUCAGCAAGCCAGAGAAGACCGAGGAUGACGUGGAGAGGGAGGCCCAGCUGUUGGAAUGGCGCCUGACUCUGACCGAGGAGAGGAACGCUGUCAUGGUGCCUUCAGCUGGGAGCGGCAUCCCUGGAGCUCCUGCAGAGUGGGUCCCCCUACCUGGAAUGGAAGCCCAUACCCCUGUUCUUUUCCUGGACCUCAGUGCGGAUGACUUCAGUUCCCAGGAUGCUUUGGAGGUCCCGGAGGCUGGGGGUUGGGACGCCACUCUGAGCGGAGAGGACGAGGAAGAAUUCUUCGACCUGCAGAUCGUCAAGCAUUAUGAUGAAGAGGUAAAAGCUGAGGCAUCGUGGGACUCCACAGUGCACCAGUGUCCCCAGCUGAGCCGCGGUGGAGCGUGCCCGGAGCAGAGGGUUUAUCUGACGGUGCGCUGCGUGGUGCAGCUCAGCCAUCCGGCAGACAUGCAGCUGGUGCUGAGGAAACGGAUCUGUGUCAACCUGAACCCCGGCAGACAGGGCUUCGCUCAGAACCUCUUCAAGAGGAUGUCCACGCGCUCCACCAUCCCCGGCUGUGGGGUCACCUUCGAGGUGGUCUCCAACAUCCCCGGGGAUGCCCAGGGUUCAGAGGACAGGGAGAUGUUGGCUCGUCUAGCUGCCAGCACUGAGAACCCCAAGUCGGCCGACAACGAGGCGGCCAUAGAGAAAUACCUCCGCAGUGUCCUGGCUGUGGAGAACAUCCUCACUCUGGACCGACUACGACAGGAAGUGGCGGUGAAGGAGCACCUGGCAGGGAAAGGGAAGGGUAACAGACGCAGUCUCAGCUCCCCCAGUGUCCACAGGCUCUCUGGCAGCAGACAGGACUUGUCCUCUGACUGCAAUCUGGACGACAACAAGACUCGCUGGGAGAGCCAGCAGGACAUCUUCAUGACCUCGCCCCAGCCUCGCCCCUCCUCCUCUCCCCCUACUACUCCCCCACAGAACCAGAGCCAGGACCCAGAGCAAGGUCGUUCAGGGCUUGCUGCCUCUUAUCUUUCAGUCAAAGCCCUGGUGCCGCAGAUGCCCAAGCUGCUCAAGUCCCUGUUCCCUGCCCGCGAGGACAAGAAGGAGCCCCUACGCCCCUCACCCCACUCUCUACAGCACAUGCCUCGUAUCAUCAUGCAGACGACGGGGCCUGAAGACGGCAGGGUCCGGACAGAAUCGGUUGCUAAGGUAGGGAGGACCGCCUUUAUCCCGGCCUUGACCAAUGACAGGUGGUCAGAGUCCACCGACGCCCCUGUUCCGUCCUCCCAGCAUGACUAUCCCCUCAGCCCCAUCAGCGAGGCCUCCAGCGGCUACUUCUCCACUAGUGUUUCCACGGCAACCCUGACCGAGGCUUCAGCCAGCGCCGCUGGUGACCACCCUGCCACCCCCCUCCACCCCUCCUCCUCCUCCCUCACCCUCCUAGAUGCAGGGGUGGGACUAGAGGGGAUUGAUGCUCCUGAAACUACGUUACCCAGAACCCAGCAGCGAGCUGAACGGAACGGUGUUACUGCUGCCUUUCCUCAGUACGACAACAAAAUGGCCACCACAGGUCCCGGCUACAGCGUCACCACAGGCAACAAGCCCUUCUCCGUACAGAGGGUGUCGACGUCGGACCUGAAGUCAUUCCAGCAGCGCAUCCUGGGGGAGGAAGUGGAGGCGAGAGGAGGAGGAAGACAAGGGAGUCUAGAGAGACUGGAAAUCGUCCUGGACGACGAGGAUGGCGGCUGCGACUACGUGCUACCUGAUUGGCUGAGAGAGGGGGUGUGCGUGACGGUGGGAGCCAAUAAGGACGGGACAGUGCGCUACGUGGGCAACACUGAGUUCGCCGAGGGCGUGUGGGUCGGGGUGGAGCUUGACUCGCCCUCAGGUAAGAACGACGGUUCUGUAGGCGGGCGCCACUACUUCCGCUGUAACCCUGGUUACGGUGUCCUGGUGCGUCCCGACCGGGUUCUCCGACGGGAGCAUUCCACCAAACGGAACCCGGAGAACCGGCGCAGCGGCGAGUUCUACCAGCCCGUUCUGCGGGGAGAGUCCACUAUCAGGAGAGGGGAGAACCGCAAGUCCUGGAGCAGCUGAACUGAAGAGAAACAGGCUUGUCUGGGAGAGACCAUUAUUCUACACAUCCUAGAAAAGUAGAAAACCCACACAUCCUGUUUCUAAGCCUCCGUCUCGCUUAGCACCCUCUCUCUCAAUCUCCCACUAACUAUGCAAUACAACUGCAUCUAAUGGAAAACGGUCCCUGUCCUAAGCCCACCCAUAGCUAUGGAGCAGUACCUUAGUGCUCUGUGUUUGAUCUGUCUGGGUUCAUUUCAAUAGGGAAGACCUUUACCCAACAAGCCCCUGCUGUCUCCCCAUCUGGACACAGCACUGGUGGCAGGCCCUGAGUGGUUCCACAGCACCUGAAGUAGUCUACAGAGUGUUGCUGUCUGUAUGAAGUGGCCCACAGGAACUGUUUCUCCUCGGGCCAAGGUUCACGUUCUGAAGUAAUGACAUCACGCUCUCUGAUGUCAUCAAACUCUGGUCACACUUGGAGAAUCCUUCUGAAAGAAUGAGACGACUAUUCCACCGGACCCUGACCUGCAACGCCCCUCUUUUGUCAAUGGAACUGUCCAUUUAUCCCCCCCCCUAUUUUUGAAUGGAACUGUCCCUUUUAAUUAAAUGAUAUUAUCAGUCCUUUUUGUGGACUGACAUUUUAACAGUUACUGUAUCUAUCCCCUGUGUAAAGUCAUUCAUCUGAAAUUAUCGAUUCUUCCAGAAUGUGCCUUCAUGGGUUUAUUUUUCUUUGUUAUAUUUCUUAGUUUCUCCCUCUGUUGAGCUUUGACGAGAAUGCCUUGUGUAAGUGUGAGGUGAUCUCAGGGACUACAGAGUGGACAUGGAUGUACCUGUGAGAAGGUGUGUGUGUGUGUGUGUGUGUGUGUGUGUGUGUGUGUGUGUGUGUGUGUGUGUGUGUGUGUGUGUGUGUGUGUGUGUGUGUGUGUGUGUGUGUGUGUGUGUGUGUGUGUGUGUGUGUGUGUGUUUUGGCCCUUGAAGCUGAAUUUAACCAUGGCAAUUUACAGUAUAGGCUGGGAGAACAAUUAUCCCUGUGCGUGUGUAUAUGCACAUCUGUGUGUGCAUGUUUCCGGCUGAUCUGAAAGAUGAAGCACCGUCGUUAUGACGACGUGGUUUGUACGAAAGUAAUAGCCGUUGGUUUUAAAUUGUAAGUUGAAGGAUGGUUCCACUAUGAGAAGCCCAGGGAGCAAAAUUGGUUGAAAUUGCUUUUCUCAAUGUCCUUUUAACAUCAAGUGCUCACUGGGAGAUUUUGCACGUUGGAGGUUAGUUUGGUGACUGACUGUGGUGUUGUGUGUUAGCAGAAUGGUUGUCUUUGGUUCUAGAACUGUUUGAGGAAGUAGCAGUGUGAUGUAUGGUCUGCAUGUAACUUUGUGUUAACAUUGUGGAGCUUUAUGUAACGUGUGGAUGUUGGAUGGAAGGUAGGAUCUGUUAUGUUUUAUGCUGGUCAUUGAUUUGUGUUUGGGGGAUAAAGAUCUCUGCAUUACAUUCACCAUUUGUGUGAAGAUGCAGAUCUGUAAUAGGGUCUAUCAUUUACAUACUGAGUCAAUGGCUUUGGGAGAUGAAAGAAGGUUGUGGGAGUGUUUUACGAGUUAUUUCCUUUGAAACUAUGGAAUAUUAUUUCAAAUGUUAAUUGAUCCCUGAAGUUCUUACAAAAUGUAGUGAAUCUCAUUUUUAUUAGACAUUUGAAGUUAAUACUUAAAGGGGCAAUCUGCGGUUCAAACAACAACAACAAAGUGGUGUCCCCGCCACAGUUUUGGUAAAUAGGAAUGGGACUGGAGAAAUGUAACCAGCUCUCAAAUUAAUCAGUGGGUGUAUGUCAUUAAUUUAAACAUCCAAAAAUAGAUGUAACAACUGCAGAUUUGCCUCUUUUUGAAAUUCCAUUGAAUAGAAAUGUAAACUGUAUUCUCACCUCGUGAGUGGAGGUACAAACUGUAAGGAGAUGCAGAGUGGGUUUUAACAUGAGUCCAUCCAGCAGUCACAUGAAUGAGCUGAACGCUAAACCCCUUCACCCCAACGCUAUGACAUUUCUUUUGAUUCUUUAUCAUCUGAUUUAAGAGAAUCCCAAAUUUGCAAUGUUAUAUAUACAGUAUAUCACAAGUGAGUACACCACUCACAUUUUUUGCAAAUAUUUGAGUAUAUCUUUUCAUGUGACAACACUGAAGAAAUGACACUUUGCUACAAUGUAAAGUAGUGAGUGUAUAGCUUGUAUAACAGUGUACAUUUGCUGUCCCCUCAAAAUAACUCAACACACAGCCAUUAAUGUCUAAACCGCUGGCAACAAAAGUGAGUCCACCCCUAAGUGAAAAUGUCCAAAUUGGGCCCAAGUAUAUCAUUUUGUGAUAUACUGUAUAUAAAUGGUUGUACAUAUUCCUUUAUCGUGUGAAAUAGUUAAAUCCUUCUAAAUUGUACUGAAAAAAAUUGUUGCUUGCACAAGUGAUUUUCUGAGAAAUGGUGCUGCUAUAGUCACUGUUAUAUAACUGUAAAUGGAUUCGAUCAUUGACAUUCUAGUCUUGCUUUUUAGCCUUCUAUACACCACUUGAGAUGGGAGAAAGUAAGGAGGAGUUGAUGACUGGCAAGUGCUUAUUUAUUGUCAUGUACUGUCCCCAAGUUGGUCAGACACUUUACAUUGCUCUUUCUAUAGCUAUAGCUGGCGUUUUUUUAAAGUUUGUCGUCGUGUUUAUCGAGUGAUCAUACUUGUGGUAAUAGGAGGGGAACUGAGUGUGUGUGUGAACGCGCAGUGUUGUAAUGAAGAGAGAGCAGGUGGUGUAUCGGAUGGAUUUGGCCUUCGUCUUCUCACCUCUCUGCACAGAGAAGAGUGUUUUGAGAUCACUUCAGGCUUAUCUAUUUAUUUCCGUGCCUCACUCUGUUUCUGUCUCUCACAUCAGGAAGUAGCUCUGAUUCAAACACCUUUCAUUAUGAAGUCACUUUUCUGGGUUAUUUCACAUUGCCGAUGGAGUCUUCGCUUCUGACUCAAAAUAGGUGCAGUGAGGCGGAGCUUGAAUCUGUUCACACUGUCGGCUAUGCUCCUUUUAAAGGCAAUGUUUCCUCAUUUCUGUCAAUAUUAUUUUGUCAUUUAGCAGACACUCUUAUCCAGUGCGACUUACAGUAGUGCAUAUACAUUUUUGUACUGAAAAGCAGGUACACAUGUACCUGAAUGCUGUGUAACGGGAGAAAGUCAUUUGUCAUACCUGCAUCCUCUGGUUUUCAUUUCAAUAGGCGUCAUCAUGGACUUUAUAUUUGACCAUAUAUGGUUGUGACUGUUUGCGCUCAGAACCACAUCAGGGGUGUAUUCACUAGGAACCAGAAGCAAACGAAACGGGACCUACCUGAAUUGGUCCAAUAGAAACUCUUGUGUGGAGUAAAUGGAAAACCACUUUUGCUACGGUCUGCAACUAAUGAAUACACCCCUGACCCUUAUACUGUCUAUACCUGAUUAAAGAUCCGUCUAUACAGUUACCCUUUCAUCAUUCCACAAAAGGCAUGUUUAAAAAAAAUAUUUUUGUUGUUAAGUGCUACUGUGCAUAUAUUUUUAAAGGCCCAAGGACACAGAUGCAACAAACUGUUAUGGGGGAAAUAAUAUUUCAAGAGUUUACAUUUGUUUACAUGCAUUUCCUGUAUAUCUUUGGCAACCCUGGUCCAGAGCUCAGAGCAAUAUGACACCUGCCUUUAUGUGGCCUUCAGUCUACCAGUCUGUCCCCCUCAGAGGCUUUUAGUUAUUAAACCCAGUCUGGCAAUGAGAGACUCAAUAACUGCAAGCCCUUAAACUCCCUCCAUAGAGACCUGUAUAUUAUUAGACUUUAUUCACGCCACAUGGGACCAUGGGAGUUCACGUUAGAGGACACUAACACACAUAUCAACAGAGCAGAGAAUCUUUACGCCCAACUCAGGAGCCACGUUUCAUUUCUGUCCAAUACUAAAGGGGUUUGAGCUGGAGGAAGGGAAAGAAAUGGAAUUGGGCCCGAUCUUCAGACCAUUUGUACACCGGUCUUUGUCAUUAAAUGGCACCCUACUCCCCAUAUAGUAAACAACGACUCACUUGAGACCAACUCUGGUUUGUGCCUCGUCCUGGAGUCUUGAGUUAUUAUUAUAAUCAAUCAUUUGUCUGAUUGUGUGUUGUCAUGAAGUGUAUUUGAGUAUUUCUGUGAGCGAAUGCGUGUAGGCUUGAUUAUGUAUAUAUUUGCAUAUUAAGACUUAACAAUCUGAGCGCAAGUUUGGGUUUUGAUGUAAUGUAAUUGUUCUGUGUAAUUCUAUGCUGAAAUCCAAAGAAUUAUGUAUUUUUUAUCGCCUGGACAAUAAUCUCCCUGUAAAGGAAAGAAUUUAAAAAAUGAAUUGAUUUAAUUUCUAUCGUCUGCAGUUGUUUUAUGGAGAACGCUGCGUAAUCUUCCGGAAGCCAUGCAUUGAUUGCAAUUCGAGUUAAAUGUCCAGUUCAAGAUUUGAACCAGUUGAUACACAUUUUGUGAAAUCAUGCAGUUAGAUUUCAGUUGCUCAACAAAACCACACAUUCUUUAUUCUCUAGAAGGUACAGUAAACAAAUGAAAAAAUGUAACAAAGGCAUAGUUUUCUACAUAUUCAUUACAGAACAGUCUACUGUCCAAAAAAGGCACUAAAUUCUGAAGUAGCAGAACAGGACUCAUUCAUAAUGUGAAUACAAGGACUGGCGAUAUCCGUUCCUUCGGAACGUCAAAGGCAAAGCACCUCCCACGAAGGUUAAAGUUCAUUAAGUAGCAAAUGCAACCUGGUUUAAUAUGCAGAGAUUUGACUGUCAAAUACGCAAAACCAAAGUGUAUGCUACUUAAUAUGCAUUACGUCUCAGGUUAACGGUCUUGAGAGACGAGUAAAGACCUCAGAAACCUGAAGGAAGAAGCUUUGCCUUUGAGUAAUGCAACACAAAACGGAAAACACAAAACACACACGGCAGAUUGUGCACAUAUCAAAUGGAAAACACAAAACAUGAUAUAAAAAAUAAAAAGCAUUUCAUGAAUCUAAAAUACAUUCCUGUUUGGCAGAACUUUACACAUGGAAGUAUAACUGAAAAUAAAAUAUGAAAUCUC